UCAAAAUCUAUGUGAUCUAAAAACAUAUUCAUGGAGCCACAACCUAAAAAAUUAAUUGAAAAAAAUAUUACUUAAUUAUCAUCUAGUUAGUAGGUAGAUAGAAAAAAUAUGACCUAGGAAUUAUAUUUGUACGUAGCCAUUGUCAAUCGCACACGUUGUGGUUUAACUCGCAGCACGAAAUGGAUCCCUCUGAACCAUCCCGGUAUUUGAUUCCAGAAUGGUUAGAACGCGUAAUAGAGGACUGUAAAGAGGAAGCCCGCUACUGCUACUCGAUUUGGCCGCUCAAGUUAUUAGAUAAGACGACCAGGCGUUUGGUAUGGAACCUGUGUUCUAAGUUGUCCGUGCAGACUAAGGGCGUGCCGGGACAAGCGUGCCGUCUGGUCGAGAUGUACCUCGCCGCCCAUUUCUAUAUGCAGUCCCUUAACUACACAACCAAAGAAGAAUGGGACGGGUUCAGACUGUUGCUGGUAUCGCGUGUGCCGCUCGUGAUAGCGUCCGCGAUCCAGCUGACUGCCAAGAUGUCCUCAAUGGGGGAUCGGGUGGGCGUCUCAGCUAUCAAGCGCGUGCUGUUGACGAAGGGAAUUAACUAUAGGACCGAAGAUAUCCUCAGUUCCGAGUUCGAAGUGUUGAAGACUCUGAAGUUCCGCAUCCCGAUGUGGACGAGCGUGGAGGCGGCCGAGUUGUUCGCGGUCGAGCUGAACAUGCCGCCUGUAAUGGUGCGCGGUGUGGGCAUCAUUGUCGACAUCAUCGAGUUCCAUCGGUACGAGCUCGAAGCAGAUAUUAUCAAGACCACGUCCACCUACAAGGAAGCUCUCGGGAAGAGCAAGCUCCGCACGAUGCACAUGUGCGCCGCCGCAGUGCUGGCCACCGCGCGUUACCUAAGAUACAACGGGCCGGACAUCGCGGAGAGGCUGGCGACACUCUCACGCACUCCCGUCACUUACCUCAACUGCGUCUCCAACCUCAUGCUGCAGUACAUAGAGCAGGACAAUGAACCGCUUGCGAUAAAGAGACGAAAAAUGAUCCAUUAAUAGGGUAGAUAAUUGUGUUUCUUUAAGUUUAACUGUAAAAUCGGACUCGUAGUGACCCUGUAUAACGAUUAAUUGUUCCCGGAGUAAGUCGCAUGUAGAAGUUUGUAGAUUUUAAUGAAAAUAAUGAGAUGUCAGAAUAAUUAUGCAAAAAUUUAUAAAAAAUGCAUAUUAAUCUGACAUGUUUUAUGUUAUAUGUAUUGUAAUCAAAGACAUUGAACACCUAGUAUACUGUUUCAGAACGGAAAUUAGGACCAAAUUUGUGCUCUAAAACUAAUUACAAUUUUCGUCGUUGUCUUAAUUUGAAAUUUCCGCGUUGAUGUCACAGCGUCCUUUUUGAUUAAUAUAAAAAUAACAUAUUUACAGAAAAAAUGCUAAUAUGCGUAUUAAAAACGUGCAAAUUUUUUGUUGACAAUCUUUCCAAUGUCCGCUCUAUAAUCGUUUAGAGCUCUUUGAUAGUAGUGUUAAACAGUGAUACAAAAUGCCCUAAGACCGUAGGACCAUACUACAUUGCACAACAGAUACCCUUUUUUUCAGCACGGUAUUUUUAAAAGUUGACUAUUUUACUAAAAUGAAAUAAGUUGAUUGACUAACCAAAUUAUAUAAACCAUUUUUGUUUAGAAAUGUAUGCUUGUGAGUUUUAUUUCAUUGUUACGCCGACAAAAUUCAAAUAAUAUUCUUUUUUAUUAUUUUAUACACAUGACCCUUAAUAACCGCCAUAAAAGUUCAUAAUAUUAUUACGAUUUUUGUAUGAGACAUUGCCCACAUAGUUUUUGUGGACAGAAUGCGUGUUUAAUGAUUAAUAAUGAUAUAAUUUGAUAUUUUGGAUUUUACUCUUUUAUCAUUCUAAAUAUCGAGGCGAUAACGUUGUAGAAUGGGUAAAGACUGAAGAACACGGAAAAUUACCCCGCUUUCUAAAUGACGUUUUACAUAUGAAUUGACAUCUUACUAAUCUUAUAUGUGACUUGCAAAGAACAACACAUUAUAUAAUAUUGUAGUAUAGCCAUGUUUUAUUAAGAUAAACAUUUAGAAAUGAUUUAAUGCUGAUUGAAAUAAUUGCAUGAAAUUUGGGCAAUGUUGUACGGUUUUACGGUAAUAUCUACAUAUUUCUCUUGUUCUGUCCAUAGAAGCGAUAAUUGUUUAAAAACUUACGAUGCACAGACAGGUAUUUGUGUAAUCCACCUCGCCAAAAUAAUUUAUCCCUCUUAAUUAUUAGGAAAUAGCUCAGUAACUCAGAAAACCUUUAAUUCAAGUGUCCCUUCACUGAUAAUUUCUGGUUAUAGGGCAAGAGGUAUACCAAAUAUGGGUGUAGGAAUAAAAAAAAUGCUUUUUAUUUACAUUUAUUUUAUAACACAAUAAUAUUUUAAACUAAUAAAUAACGAUCACAAUAUAUAUUUUGACAUUUAAAAAAUUAAAAGGCGUAACAUCCUCCACAUAUUAACAUUUGUAAAGUUUCCUUAAUAAUUUUUUCCUUUUUUUUCAUAAUUCUCCUUAAUACUAGUAGAGGAUCUGAUGUUAAUAAUAGCCGAUUAGAAAUAUCCCUGUUACAGUUUACUCUAUUAAAUUUUCGUGAGAAAUUUUGUCUGUAUCACCGGAAAUGUUUAUUUCUUGCUUUUGCUGCUUUUUCAGACUUUUGUCCUAUUGUUAAAAUAGCUUUUUCUAUUAUAAUAAGCCAUAUAUUAAAAUUUUAUGCAUGCCUACCAUACAGUGCAACAUAAAGUUCAGUAGUCUCUCGUGUAAUUUUUUUUAAUAUAUUUUGUACCCUUUUGAUUUGCAUUUAAGAACUACUUACUUUUUUUUUAAAGUGAUAUAGACCUGUAAUUUCAGCUACCAACUCCGGAUCUUCAAAACAUUUUUGGCUGCUAUUUCCGCCAUUCGCAUUACCGUAUCCAGCUUUGGGAAAAUCUACACGGAGACCUAGUAUGCUUUUAAAUUCGUUUUCAAUGUUCUUGUUUUCCUUUUAAUCAAAAGUCUAUCUGUUUCAGAUUUAGGUGGUAAAUCUUGCACGCCAAUCUUAUAAAAAAAUUCUAUUCCUCCUGAGCUCUCAACUCCAGCAUAGAUUAUUUUUUCAGGAGUAUUAGACAACAAAUAAAUAUUAUGUUCUCAGUUUUAUUUCUUUUACUUCGUUUACUAGCUUUUUCAAAAAGUUUUGUUAGACACCCGCUCUUGUCGUUGUUUCACGUUAUGCAAGCACUUCACUUAACCACUUUUCAUUUGUUUUUACAAACACAUUACUUCUAUAUUUCACUGCUACCCACCUAUUUUUCAUUUCUGAUCGUAAACGAGUGAAAUUACUCUAUAUCUGUUACUUAUUCUUUAAAUAAUAACGUUUAUGUGAAAUCAAGGAAUUUUCAGCAAAAUUUUAAUUGACCCUUAAAAUUGAGAUCAUUUUGUGAUCUCAUUUGAUCAAAUAUUUCAUUGCGAGUCAUUAUACUUGCAGAAGGUCCUGAAAAAAUAAAAACUAAAUUAAUCCAUAAGCUACACAUUUUUCACAUUUUCGAGUUAGAGAUAUAUAACACCGCUUCUGAUGGCGGAAUACGAAAUAGUUGGAAGCAAUUUUUACACUUUUUUUAAAUAUAAUGUCUACUUUAAGAAUAUAUAAAAUCCAUAGUCGGGCCCUAUAACAAAAAGCCUCAUUCAUAAAACUUGUUUUGCACGAAAAAUAUUUAUAAAAUAUUUCCUUAUUUUUCGUGCAGAACAAAAUACUUUAUUUUUGAUAACAACGAAAAAUAAUGUAAUACCAUAAUAAAAUGAAAUGUUUUAAACGUGUAAAAUAACUCACUAUUUUUAUGAUCAUCAUUUUCAUGAUCCAUAGCUAAAAUAAAUUUAUUCAUAAAAAAUAACACUUAAAAUAUGAGUUUCAAAGAAGAGAUGUCAAAGACAAACAUUAUCAAAUACCCAACUGACCCUAUACUCUAAAAUUUGAAGUGAGCGAAAUAAAAACUAUAUGAUUGUGUCGCCAACUCCCUGACUUGCCCACUGCCCAGGAAAACAUUUUUUUACCUGAGCGUAAUUCUGAGAAUUGUAAUUAUGGCCAGCUAUAAUACUAAAAUACCUGUCUGUGCAAUGAUUAUCCCAAAGUAUUGUUAAUGUCGCAAAUUUUAUAAACUCGCAAGGGAAUCAAAACCUAAAGGGUACUUCCAGUCGAUCGAUAGCACAUGGGAAGGAAAAAUUCCGAAAACCUAAAAUUUUUAGACCUAUGUCUUUAAUUUAUGCUCCUCCAGCUUUCCAUAUUGUAAUGUUAUGGAUUUCAUUUUGCAAUAAAAAUACCAUAACUAUGACUCGAUUGUCGCGAUGAGUGAACUUUUACUUACCUACAGGUUUGUACGGAACCCUCGGUGCGCGAGUCCGACUCGCACUUGUUUUUUAACUUUAAAUAUCUUGUGAGCCGUAAAGGCUUAGAGGCGUGGCUUUAGAGGAAACGUGUGGCAUUACAAUAAAACUUAUAAUUAGUUAAAUAUGUGUAAUUUUUUUAUAGGUCCAAAUAAUGAAAUUUAUUUCAAUUGCUAAAUUUUCGCAAAUACAAAAUAAUUUUAAAUAUUGGCACGUCUUUAUUUUUGUUUUUGUUUCUGUAUUUAAGGAGGCAUAUUAUAAAAAAUACUUUACUGCGUCUGACGAUAACUAUGGCGAAGUCUAAGAAAAAAAUCAUCUAGCUAACAUCGUGUUAUUUAUUUUUCAGUAUGCUUGUUUUCUUCUCACGUUCCGCCCAACUCAAUAAUAUAUGAACCAGAAAGGACCAAGUGACCACAGUUUAAUCUUCAGUUAGCACUUCCGAAACUUGUGAGUUGUGGUUAGAGCUAAGAUGUGUGUAAUCGUUAGUUAGGUAUAUUUCCGCAAGGCAUCACGGAAGGUUCAGUUCAGGAGAGGUUAGGAUUAGAUAAACAAUUCGAGCUCCGACAAAUGUCUCCGGUGCAGCAGCGGUUUAGUUUUUGGAGACGUUUGCAUCAUUCAUAUUAUAGCUCUUCACGACAACCCGACCAAGUCAUCAAUUUAGAUUUCAGAUUCUUCGUAGCGGAAAGGUCCUAAGGAUGCGAUCAUUACUUCUUGCGAAGCAGAGCCUACACUUUGUGACGUGAUGUUAAACUUGCAUAGCAAGGAUGAUACCCAAGUUAAAAAUAACCGAUAUGCAGAAUACACUGUGUAGACAAUACCACAGAGCUUUGCCAGACAUAAGCUAUGAAGCAUCAGCUUUGACGAGGGCGCGAAUUCUACACUCGAACACAUAGAGGAACCACUGUCUCAGUGAAAACAUCGGUGCCAAACCCCCACCAAAAGUUUUGGCACUGUCAUUUUCCUUCUUUUAAGACCAAGAUAUCUACAUAUCACCACUUCAAUUCCACAUACUCUUCGAGAAUGUUCUACGUACACCACUACAGUUAAAUAAGGAAAACUGCAGCUUCAGCUUGUCACAUAUCUGCUUGAUGCGAACAUCUGUAAUAACUUGCCUACCUUCAGGAAGUGUAGACGGCAUCAUAUUGAGUUUUCGAACUGGAAUUAGGCUGCGAAGUUUGCCAAUGCAUAAACUGUCUUGCGUCCCGUGAAAUAGCAAAACCUUCAGGCUCAUUCAGAGAUAGCGUUGGGCACCAGAAGACAGAUUUGACUGGCAGCAGAGCAGUCGUAGCAAAGUCAUCAAAUAUGUUCUGUCGCCCAAUAUUAAUUGACAACGUUACGUUUUUUUUUUAUCUGCAAAAGCUCACCAAUUUAAAUAAAGUUUAUUAUUUGGAGUAAUUAGAACAAUAGUUCAUUUUCAACUAAUUAUUAGAUUUGAUGGUAAUGCCACAAUUGUUUUCUUCGAAGACACCGCCAUUCUAAUUUUAACACUUAUUAUACAUAUGCGAUUAUCUCUUAACUAGCUUCAUAUUAGUUAGUGACUUUUCACUCCAAAGCUAUGAUAUACUGUGUAGAUAAAAAUAAUGUUUGUUAAUUUUAUUUAUCUCUUUAACGUGUUAAAAAAUAUAAAUAUUUAUGAUUUGUAAACUCUGCCAUUAAAGUAACUAUGAGUAAGCAAUUUAGGUGUUCUGGUACAGUAGCACUAGCUUGUUUCUCUAAUGGGAUCCAAGGUUUUUUAUAUUUGUAGUUUUAUGUUGUAUUAUCGGGUACGAUAUUACAGUUUUACUGAAAUGAAAUUAUAUUUAUUAACGAUAAAAAAUGGAGCCAACGUCUGGGUCAUAAGGCGAACGUAUAUUUUUUAUUAACGGAGAAAGGCGUUCCCAAAUUAAGCACUUUGUUAUGUUUGAACAGUGCGUGGAGAAUAAUGUACGUCCUAAUGUGGUCAAUGGUUAUCAUAGUUGAACCGAAAAAUGAAAAAAUAUAUAUAUAUAAAAACUGUGAACAGAUUUCUACACUUAACACUCCAUAGCAACAAUAAAAACAGUCAGUGAACGAUAUUAGCAAUAUAUGUAUACUGUAUCUUACGAUAGAGUAUUAUAUUUUUUAACUUUUAUAUUUAUAAGUCGGUGUUGACGUGGCACUUGUGACGUCACACGAGGCGCAGUGCUCAUGCAAGAUCGUUUGUUGUAUAGAAUAAAGGCAUGCGCUCUAUGUUAUUUUUACAUUUAUCUUUAUUUUAGUUUAAACAUAUUUCAUCGUCAUCUUAUGUUUUCAAAAUGUAGAUAAGGGCCGUUCAAGUGUUCGUAACGCAAGUUCGAGGGCGGGGAGGGGGGGGGGUUCGUACAACGCACUAUGUAACAUUGGAUUUUUUAUUUUAAAAUAAUAACAUAUGUAUUUUGGCGAUUUUCCGGUACUUUUCGAAAAAAAA